GUGAUCUUGACCACCAGCCCUAACGAAAACCCUUAGCGCAAAAAAUCGGGUUCGGCUGUUGUGCCAUUGGAAACUUUCGGUCCCUCAUUGAAUUUUGCGAUUGAGACCAGCCAAAUCACGAUACACCCAUCAAGACACCGACAGGAAAUCAGUCAAGAUGGUUGCCGCAAAGAAGCACGUCCCGAUCGUCAAGAAGCGAACCAAGAGCUUCAACCGCCACCAGAGCGAUCGGUUCAAAUGCCUUGCCUCCAGCUGGCGAAAGCCCAAGGGUAUCGACAACCGAGUCCGACGACGGUUUAGAGGCAACAUGACCAUGCCCUCGAUCGGCUUUGGUUCCAAUAAGAAGACUCGUCACAUGAUGCCCUCCGGCCACAAGGCCUUCCUCGUCAACAACGCCAAGGAUGUUGAGCUGUUGUUGAUGCACAACCGCACCUUUGCCGCAGAGUACGUUCUCAUGUUCCGGGAACUGUAGCUGAGAUAGCGGUUCAACCAUUCAGAUUCAGAUUCAGACCAACUGACAACAAUCGCAGGAUCGCCCACAACGUUUCCUCACGAAAGCGAAUCGACAUCAUCGCGCGCGCUAAGCAACUAGGCGUCAAGGUCACCAACCCGAAGGCCAAGAUUACUACGGAGGUUUAAGGCGUUGGCUGGUGUUGAAGGUGAAAAUGAAAUGGGGUCCGGUUUCUCGUUUUCGGCAACUAUUUGCAUGCAUGGGAAGGGUUUUGCGCUCUAUGGUCUACGGACGGAUAUUCGAGCUAGCAUGUAUUUCGUGCUAGGAAAUACAACACACCUUCUACGAUGACACGUAUUAUGACUUUUUUUU